UCCACUUUCCUCCAACUGCCCUGGGUCUCCUUCCCUCACUCUCUCCUCUUCAGCAACACCAAGAGCCCCAAACUGAACCCAGAGCAGCUUUUUCCAUCAGCCCGGUUCCCUUCCCUCCCUCUGUCUCACACACGGCAAGAAGAGAGCCCCUUCCUCCUCUUGAUUUCCCUUCGCAUGCUCAGCCUCUUGUUUCCCUUCAAGCACUAGAAAUCCCCCCUUCUUGCCCCCGCUCCUCCAUGCAGACUGGGAUUGCCAUGGGAGCUUUGCAGAUUGCUGGAUUUUCCAUCCUUUUCUUUCUCCACCACUCUGGAAACACGCUGGCGAAUAAAGCCAGUCAAGAUGUCGACGAGUGCGUGGAGGGCACCGACAACUGCCACAUCGACGCCAUCUGCCAGAACACUCCCAAGUCCUACAAGUGCAUCUGCAAGUCCGGCUACACCGGUGACGGGAAGCACUGCAAAGAUGUCGACGAGUGCGAGCGGGAGGACAACGCGGGCUGUGUCCACGAGUGCGUCAACAUCCCCGGCAACUACCGCUGUACCUGCUACGAUGGCUUCCGCCUGGCGCACGAUGGCCACAACUGCUUAGACCUGGACGAGUGCUCGGAGGGCAACGGGGGCUGCCAGCAAACCUGCGUCAACAUGAUGGGCAGCUACGAGUGCUUCUGCCGCGAGGGCUUCUUCCUCAGCGACAACCAGCACACCUGCAUCCAGCGCCCCGAAGAAGGAAUGAACUGCAUGAACAAGAACCACGGCUGCGCCCACAUCUGCCGGGAGACCCCCAAGGGGGGCAUUGCCUGCGAGUGCCGCCCCGGCUUCGAGCUCACCAAGAACCAGCGCGACUGCAAACUGACCUGCAACUACGGGAACGGGGGCUGCCAGCACACCUGCGACGACACCGACCAGGGGCCCAAGUGCGGCUGCCACGUCAAGUUCUUGCUGCACUCCGACGGGGUGACGUGCAUCGGGGAGAGACACUUCCAGCAACACGUUAUCCUUGAGACGUUUUCUAAUGAGACGUGUGCUGUGAACAACGGGGGCUGCGACAGCAAGUGUCACGACGCGGCCACGGGCGUGCACUGCAGCUGCCCCAUGGGCUUCAUGCUGCAGCCCGACAGGAAGACAUGCAAAGACAUCGACGAGUGCCGGCUCAACAACGGCGGCUGCGACCACAUCUGCAGGAACACGGUGGGCAGCUUCGAGUGCAGCUGCAAGAAGGGCUACAAGCUGCUCAUCAACGAGAGGAACUGCCAAGACAUCGACGAGUGCUCCUUCGACCGGACCUGUGACCACCUCUGCAUCAACACCCCCGGCAGCUUCCAGUGCCUCUGCAACAAGGGCUACACGCUCUACGGGCUCACCCACUGCGGAGAUGUCGACGAAUGCAGCAUCAACCGGGGGGGCUGCAAAUUCGGCUGCAUCAACACGCCCGGCAGCUACCAGUGUACCUGUCCCGCCGGCUGCAAGCUGCACUGGAACAAAAAGGACUGUAUAGCCGGCGCAUGUCCCUCAGAGCUGGUGAAAUGCCUGCCAGGUUCGGUGCCACCGCGGGCCACCCUCACCUGCAACAAGACAGGCAAGAAGGACAGCUGUGCCCUCACCUGCGCCUCCAAGGCCCGCUUUCUGCCAGAGUCCGACAGCAGCUACACGGUGAGCUGUGGGACCCCCGUCCUGCGGCAGGGUGGCCAGCAGAGACCCGCCAACAGCAGCCAGCAGUGUCUCGAGACUGUCACUGCGCCAAUCAAGCAAAAGGCUUCCUUCAAGAUCAAGGAUGCCAAGUGCCACCUGCACCCGCGGGCCAAGGGCAAGCAGGACGAGGGCGGGAAGGCUGGAGCGCAAGGCGGUUUGGCACCUUGCUCCGACUGCCAGGUUGCCUUCGUCAACCUCAAGUGUGACUCGUCCAAGAAGGGGAAGGGCCGCCGGGCUCGCAACUCCUCCAACAAGGAGGUGACGCGCAUCACGCUGGAGUUUGAGGCGGAGAUCAAGCCGGAGGAGAUCACAGCCAGCUGCAACCUGCACUGCCUGCGGCAGAGGGUGGAGAAAAAGCUGAAGUCGGCCAUCAAAGCCCUGAAGAAAUCCAUCAACCAGGAGCGGUUCCUGCUCCGCUUCGCGGGGAUGGAGUACGAGGUGGCGAGGAAGCUGAGCGUGGCCCCGGAGCGGCAGGAGAGCUGUGGGCCGGGCCAGCAGCACCUGGGCGGCAAGUGUGUUAGCUGCUCGCAGGGAACGUAUUACCACGGCCAAAUGGAACAGUGCGUCCCCUGCCCGCCCGGCACCUACCAGGAGAAGGAAGGGCAGCUCUCCUGUGACCUGUGUCCCCGCGGUGACGCUUUCGGACCGGUGGGAGCCACCAACAUCACCGGCUGCACGGGUCAGUGUCCCCCCGGGCAGCACUCGUCCGAUGGCUUCAAGCCCUGCCAGCCGUGUCCCCGGGGGACCUACCAGCCCGAGGUGGGGCGGGCGCUCUGCUUCCCCUGCGGCGGGGGGCUGACCACCCGCCACGAGGGAGCCCUCUCCUUCCAGGACUGCGACACCAAAGUCCAGUGCUCCCCUGGGCAUUACUACAACACGAGCGUCCACCGCUGCAUCCGCUGCACCGUGGGCACCUACCAGCCCGAUUUUCGGCAGAAUUACUGCAUCGCCUGUCCCGGCAACACCACCACCGACUUCGAUGGCUCCACCUCCGUGUCCCAGUGCAAAAACCGCCAGUGUGGGGGGGAGCUGGGCGAGUACACGGGCUACAUCGAGUCCCCCAACUACCCGGGGAAUUACCCCGCCAACGUCGAGUGCACCUGGAACAUCAACCCGCCGCCCAAGCGCAAGAUCCUCAUCGUGGUGCCGGAGAUCUUCCUCCCCUCCGAGGAUGAGUGCGGCGACGUCUUGGUCAUGCGGAAAAACUGUAGCCUCCCCGUCCUCCAUCACCACCUACGAGACGUGCCAGACCUACGAGAGGCCCAUCGCUUUCACCGCCCGCUCUCGGAAACUCUGGAUCAACUUCAAAACCAGCGAAGCCAACAGUGCCCGGGGCUUCCAGAUCCCCUACGUCACCUACGACGAGGACUACGAGCAGCUGGUGGAGGACAUUGUGCGGGAUGGCAGGCUCUACGCCUCCGAAAACCACCAGGAGAUCCUCAAGGACAAGAAGCUCAUCAAAGCUUUCUUCGACGUGCUGGCGCACCCCCAGAACUACUUCAAGUACACGGAGAAACACAAGGAGAUGCUGCCCCGCUCCUUCAUCAAACUCCUCCGCUCCAAAGUCUCCAGCUUCCUCCGGCCUUACAAAUAGCCCCCCCGUGCCCCCGCCGCCCCCGGGCCGCCCCGCCAUCAAGGAAAACCUCUUCUCCCUUCCUUCUCCUUUCCGAUUUUCUCCUUCCUCCGCUCAGCUCCGGCAGGACCGUCACUUCUCACCCCGCAGACGUUCCCCCACGAUUUUUCCACCGUUCCCCACAGAGCCGUGUCCCCAGCCGGGGCUGGGGGGGGGAUGCUCCGGUCCCAUCCAGCCGCCGGCGAAGCCGCUCCUCUCUUCCAAAGCAGCAGCUUCUUGGGAAACCGAAGCGCCGGUCCUUUGGCCGGUCUCUGUCCUCCCUUUGGUUUCCUUUACGCCAGGUCUGUCCCCGGUUCCCCGGGACAUCGCGGGGGGGGUCGUCAUCCUUCCAGCCCACGGCUGCAGCCCCACCGAGCCCUUUCGCGGAGGGUGACAAGAAGGUAACGAAGUUAUUUAUGGCAGCGCCUGGGUCGUGGGUGCCGGCAUCGCUUUGCAGAGAUCGGGGUGGGGGCGGGGGUUGGGGGGGAAAGAAUUUUUAAAAAGCGUACUUGAUUAAAAAGAAAACUUAAAGGAGAGAUCGGCGAAGCAGGCCGGCAACCGUGGUGGCUCCGGUGGCCGUCCCGCCGGAGAGCCGCGCUGGCGCUGGGAGGAAAGCGCAGCCAAGCCACGUUCCCGGAGAACAAUGCCUGGCUGCACGGGAGAAAACAGGGAGCGAAGGAGAAGGACUUUCAGCCGGGUUCGGGUUUUUGUUUCCCACCCCCCCCAACCCCCCCACCACCCCCCCCAGACACUUGUGCCAAGAAACCAGACUUUCUUACAAGCUCUGCCAAAGAGUAACUCGGAAAAAGCAAGCUUUGUGAAGAGCAGGAGUAAAUGUUUGUGCACUAGGAUAUCCUCCUUUCUACCUUUUUCAUAUGUAUUAAGUGCAAUCAUUGAGUCUUCUUUAUAUUAUUUAGAGGGAAGUUUGUUUGUUUGUUGGUUUUUUUUUUUUGGUUUUUUUUUUUGUUUUUUUUUCUACUAGAAACGACAAUAUUUAUACCUGCCUGAGAAAUGAGAAUGUGCGUUUGUAACAAAAAAACCCACCGCCCACCCAAAGCAAACCCAGCCCCGGGCUGCCGCUGACCGGCGGGAUGGCGUUUUCAGGCCUUGCAACCCUUUUCUGCCACCUUUAUCCCCGAUGAAACCCCCUGUUUUGGGGUUGGGGCGGGAGGGGAGACGGUGCCUCUCCUGCUCAGCACGUGAUGGGGUGAGUUUUUGCAGGGGGUCCGGUCCGUCCACGGAGGCGAUGGGGCGGCCGCGGUUGGUUUUGUGCUUUUGGGCUGAUCCUCCGCAGUUUGAGGGUUUGUUCAAGUCCCGUUGCGAGGAAGAUGCAGAACUUGGCCCCAUCACCUGCUUCUCGCAAAGCAUUUGGCUUCCCUGCGGGGGCUCGGGGACGAGCCGAGACCUGGGGGAGGCCCCGAGGCAGGGUCCGGGGGGCGGGGGGGGCACGCUGGCAGGAGAGGGGAGCAUGCUCUGCUCAGCCCCGAAAUCUGUCGCCCCAGGUAUGGAGCUCGGCGCCCUCCCUAGCUCUGGGGAAGCUCCCUGCUUCCAAAUCCCUUCAGGUGCUUUUGGCUUUGUCCCUCUCCAUCCUGCCGGGAUGCGGUGGGAGCCCCUCCCCAGGGAGUAGAUCCCGGGGGGGGUGACCCAUCCUGCCACCCCCCACCCCUACCCCCCCCCCGUCACCACCACCUACCUUCCCCCAGCUUCACAGACAGGCACGGCUGGGGACGAUGGUGGACAUCACCCAGGGGUUUGUCCCCCGGAAUCUUCACACGGCUGGACAGGACCCCCAGGGACAAGCGACUGCUGCCACCCGUCACCCCUCUUCCUCCUCCCCCAGCCUUCCUCCCUUUCCAGCCUCGCAACCCCCUCUCAGCCGUCGCCUCCCCGCGCCUUCAUCCCCAUCUUCAUCCUCUCAAAGAGCCGCCAGGACUAAAUGUGGUCGACUUGCCUACAGCUUUCCUGUUGGCAGGUCCCAUCCCCGCUUGUCUCUCGCUGUCCCUUCGACCACAUCUAGGGCGAGCCCUGCUCUUAAUGAACCAAUUAUUUAUUGCUCUGCAUGUCCCCCCCGCCCCGGCGUCAAUCCUUGCCGAAACCAGGCGGCAGCUGCUCGCCCAUGUUUUCCCUCCUCCAUCUCCAUCUCCGCGAGAGCUUGAUCUGGGCUCCAUUAGGGGCUGCGGACUGGGCGAGCGCUGGCAAAAAAGGGGCUGAGGUUUGUCCCCGAGAUGCGUCGGUUGGAAAAGUCUCUCCUGAUUGAUCCCAGCUGUGGAUUUACCCCUCCUGCCGCCCGGCUCCCAGCCUGUUUGGAAGCUCCACAUCUGUGGGCUUGAAGCUGUUUGUCGCUUGCUUGGUGUCUGAAAGCAGCUGCUUUGAUGCACAAAAGCUGUUGUAGGGAUUUGGAAGGGUGGGUUUUUUGGGUUUUGUUUUUUUUUUUUUAUUUUAUUGCUGUGGGGCAGUCGCAGUGGAGCAGUGACCGUUGAGAGGGUCUUUCGUAUUUAGAAGGAAAAAAAAAAAAAGAAGAUUAAAAAAAAAAACGACGACAAAAAUAAAAACACCCCGGGAACGACUAACCCCAUGGCGGUGGCCCCGGUGUGAUGCAGCCACUCGUGCUCCCAGAGUUGAUUAAUUCUUUGUGAUUUAACGGGGAGGGGGUUGCUGUCGCUCUGACCCUGCUGGGACUGGGGCUCCCGGAGCCUCGGGGUCUCCUGGGUGCCACCAUUGUCACUGCAGCGACCACCUCCGCUCCCCACGAGCACUUUUAGAAGGGCAGCACGUCCUCCUGUGAUGGCCAAAGACACCUGGUAACGUCUCCUCCCCCUCUUUUCCCCUAAUAUCUCAAAUAAACUCCCCCCCCAAAAAAAGUCCCCGGGGCCACCAGAACCACCCCACUGCGGUUCCAUCCCUCUCUUCACCCUCAUCCAUGACCCAGAAAAGGUUUGAAAGGCUGAAAACGGCAUCAUCAGCCCCCUCGGAUGUAUUGAAUGUUUCGACGCGGUGAACAUAAAUAAGGGUUGUUGGUUUUUUUGGUUUGUUGUUUUUGGUUUUUUUUUUUUUUCAUGUUGGAAUAUUUAUAUCUGCCUUUUGCAGCGGGCCACGAUUUACCAUCUCCAGCAAAAAAUGAUUAAAGUAAUGAGAAAGAUGUAGUUCAUGAAGUUAUUUGCACUUGAUUAAAAGAAAAAAAGAAACGUAUCUGAACUUUGUAAAAAAGAAAUGUUUGCAUUUUGUAUUGUCUUUUUUUAAUUAUUAAAUGG